GAGGGAUUUCUCGUACUUGCCCCUCGAGUUAAUCGUGAAAUGUGAGAUACCCGUCCGGCUCUCCCCCAGCAAGAGAGAGAGGGAUCGAUCUCUGAGUUAGGGUUCCGUAGCCCUUUCAGGUGCUUCUCCUGCUUUCUCCAUUGCUCGCGGGCGCAGGAAGAUUCCCUGGUUUAUUAUUGUGCUUCCGUUCGUGGACGAUAUUGGCUCGGGAGAAUACGAGAAUUUAGGGUUUUAGGGCAAGGGAGGAAGUUUUCUUGCAGUUGGGGAUCUAGGGUUUUGAAGAUUGUUGAGGGAUUGUGGUGAAUGUAUUUGACUUUGGUUCUGGGGACGAGCCAGCGGCGUUGUCUCGGAGGGGUAUUUCAUGUCUGUUUUUAAUUCAUUUAUCUAGGUUUUCUGUGUACUUGGUUUUCAAAUUUGGGUAGCACGUAGAUGGUAUUGUGUGUCUGAAUUUUUUGGGUUUUGUAAGAGGGAUAAGGAUUCGAGGAAUCAGUGGUUUGGUCGAGAUUUCUGCUUAGAAUCGGUACACGAUCAUCUACAGGUUCCUGUAUCUGGUUGGGGGGGAGAGAAGCACAAUGUCGAGCAAGAAAGAAGAGAAAGCGCAGGCUGCAGCCGACCGGAUCAAGGCGGCCGCGCUGAACGCCGCAAAGCUGUUUAUACAGAUAUGACUGUUUCAAUGGCUGGUGGCAAAAUCCAAAAACGAAAACCAGCUUCGGCAGAUCACUACCAAGGCGGAAUACAGUUUCAUAAAUCAAAAGGCCAACACAUCUUGAAAAACCCUUUGCUGGUCGACACAAUUGUUCAAAAAGCUGGAAUUAAGAGCACGGAUGUAGUUUUGGAGAUUGGUCCUGGUACUGGAAAUCUUACCAGUAAGCUUCUGAAUGUCGCAAAGACAGUCAUCGCUGUUGAGAUGGAUCCCCGCAUGGUUUUGGAGUUGCAGAGACGCUUCCAGGGGAGUGGUUUUGGUAAUCAGUUGAAGGUUAUACAGGGAGAUGUUCUCAAAUGUGAGCUUCCAUAUUUUGACGUCUGCGUGGCUAACAUCCCCUACCAAAUAUCAUCACCUCUUACUUUCAAGCUUUUGGCUCACAGGCCUGUAUUUAGAUGUGCGGUCAUUAUGUACCAGAGAGAAUUUGCAAUGAGACUCGUUGCGAAGCCAGGGGAUACUCUGUACUGCCGUCUGUCAGUAAACACUCAACUUCUGGCACGUGUUUCCCAUCUCUUGAAAGUUGGAAGGAACAAUUUCAGGCCACCACCAAAAGUAGAUUCAUCUGUUGUUAGAAUCGAGCCUCGGAAGCCACUCCCUCCCGUGAGUUUCAAGGAAUGGGAUGGGCUGAUCCGCUUAUGCUUCAACAGGAAGAACAGAACUUUGGGUGCCAUUUUUAGGCAGAAAUCCGUCCUUUCUUUGCUUGAAAAGAACUAUAAGGCAAUGCAGGCGUUGCAAAUUUCACAACCAUCGUCGAAUGAUGCCAAUAUGUUGGAUGUGGCUGUCCUGGGUGAUACUGCUGGAGACUCGAGUACAGAUCUGGAUGGUGGAAAGGAGGACGAGGAGAUGGAAAUUGAUGGUGGGGAUGGAGAAGGGGCAGAGGAAUCCGAGUUCAAGAGCAAAAUCAUGGGCAUCUUGAGCCAGGGAGAUUUCGAGGAUAAGAGGGCUAAAAAACUAACUCAGGUAGAUUUCCUGUACCUUCUCUCUCUCUUUAAGAAAGCUGGCAUCCACUUUGCCUGAUUCUUUCGACCGGUUGGUGCCCAAUUUUUUUUUGUCAAGAAUCACACCGAUCCUUCGUAGGUCUGACUGAAGAGUGUACUUUGCUGCGUCUGCUUUUGUAGUCUCAUCGCCUUGAGUUAUUGCAAAUUUGAAAGUUUUGGUUUUGGUCUGAUGUCCAUUUCCCUUAAUUUGAUUCAUUUAAGUUGUAGAUGGCAUUGAGAAUUUUAGGGUUCGGCAGGAACAUCUAGGUGUGAUGAACAUUUUCUGAACCUUAUUUUCCUGAAUCAUGAGGAAUGAAUACAGUGCCAAUCAUCUAA